AAAUCGAUUUAUAUGAAAAUGAGACAGACUUGAUCGAGAAUGGAAUCAGACAGUGCGUUAAUUGCUAUGCAAUGUAAUCGUGUGCGUUAAUCGGUGAUCGCCAGGUUGCGUAGAACAAGAGGUACGCUAACAGCACUGAUGAGCAGUCGCUCCAAGGCGUCCCAUGAAGGUACCCCCUUGGCGUAGUUGCAGCUAUCUCAUCUAGUAAAAAAUAAUCCCAGAAACCUAAUUAUAUCGUCGAGCGCUUCGGAACGAACGAGUGCGAGGAUGUCCUACGGAAAGUUGCACGUUCUUCCACUAAGUCUUUUUAUCCUGAUUCCGGUAACGUUUCUAAUUACAUACACUAUGUCGGUGCAAUGGGACCACGUAGUACCAGGAUUUCCGUACAUAUCGGAAACAGGCACCUUGUCUCCGGAAUCGUGUAUAUUUGCCCAAUUCCUUAAUAUAGCUGCAUUACUCCUCGCCUGUUGCGUAUACAUUAGACAUCGACAAGUUUCCCAAUGGCAAUUCGAAAGGGGCAACGAUCUCGUUAGCAGGAAAAUCGUUGUUGUGACGGCAUGGUGCGGCGUUCUAGGUUGCUUCGGACUCGAUAUUCUGGCGAAUUUUCAAGAAGCCCGUGUUGUCGCGGCUCAUAUGAUUGGAGCAAUGACUUGUUUCACGGCUGGAACCAUUUACUUUUGCCUGCAGACAUAUUUAAGUCACAAAAUGGUACCAGCAGUGAAUGGCAGAAUUGUAGUAUACAUUCGUGCAGCACUUUCGGUGUUGACGCUAAUUUUGACAAUUACCACGAUCCUACCUGGCUACAUUUCAAUGUUAGAAUUUCAAGGCGAUGAUUACAAGAAAUGGCUGCCAACCGACGGUGGCUGGGCCUGGCAUGUCGCUAGUGCCAUUUCCGAGUGGGUUCUAGCGAUUGUUUAUUGCGUUUUCCUGCUAACGUUUGUGCCAGAAUUUCGAUUAAUCAAUUUCGAGGAUCCUGUGGUUACGUUGAUAUAUCUAGACAAGGAUCAAGAUUUGAAAUUACCACACAAGCUAAAUUCACAAGUUCAAGAAUCUUAAAACUCCUCGAAUAUUCAGGCGCCCAUUAAGUAUUAAAUUAUAUUCCUUCUAACGUAUGCAUUUGAAGAUAAUUUCUAGUAACAUUACUUUUAAUUGCUUCUUUGAUUCAACCCUCUAUAACACCAUAUAACUUGGAAGUUAUAUACAUUUUGGAAAUUUUAUUUUCUGCUUAUUACUAGAACAUUACAAAUUUUUAUGUAAACUCAUAUUUUUAUCAACACAACUAAAGGAACGAAUAUGAUUUUUU